UCCAUUUCCUUGUCUCUGCCUAUACAUCCCUCAUUCAUGUAAAGCUCUCAUACCUCGUCGUCCAACAUUUCGUGGACGGCGGGUGGGAGGAAAUCACGUAGUCAUCUUGUUGUAAACCCACCACCACCAGCAUCACCACCGCAAUCAUGACGUCGGUUUUAUCUUUCCCUACCAAUAUCCCUCCUCCUACGAAAACCAUGCCCUUCCAACUACUAGAGAUCAAUUUGAUUUCUGCACAAGAUCUUGCUCGUGUUGGUAAAGGAAUGAAAACGUAUGCUGUUGCAUGGGUUCACCCUGAACGUAAACUAUCGACUCGUGUGGAUUCUCAUGGCCAUACAGAUCCAACCUGGAACGAUAAGUUUGUUUUUCGUGUAGAUGAGUCUUUCCUGCAAUCUGAUACAGCAGCUGUGAUGAUUGAAAUCUACUCUGUUCGAAUGUUUCGUGAUGUAUGUGUGGGCGUUGUACGUGUUCUUGUCGGAAAUCUUAUACCUCCGUCUGCACGUAAUCAAAAUAACUCCGGCAUGCGUUUUGUUGCAUUACAAGUACGCCGUCCGUCAGGUCGUCCUCAAGGUAUCCUGAACAUGGGUGUUGCUCUCUUAGAUGGUUCCAUGAGGAGUAUGCCUCUAUAUACCCAACUAAGCGCCUCCGCCGUUGGGUAUAGAGAUCUAAUGGGAGAAGAAUCACAUAGUCCAAACCACCACAUCCACCAGAAAGAUCAUAAAAAAGGUUUCUACAUACGCCGCAGUGUGAGCGAGCGUAGAUCAGAGGCAACCUUUACUGAUUUCUUCCCUCAAAAAAAUAGAGAGUCGACUGUUCAUUCGGAAGCCGGAGAACCACCAUUCGCCGAGGUUACAACCACUGGUUCAGUAUGGUCGAUGUCGGAUGUAGGACCUGCCCCAUCAGUGGUCGCCGCAGCAAUGGCAGAGGAACAACUCUAUCCGGUGGCUGAGAGGGAAGGAAGUAAUAACAAUGUUUUGGAUGAAUGGGAAGCAGAAGCUAGCGUUGAAGGUUUAAAAUCAAAUCUAGAGAGGUGGCGGACGGAAUUACCACCAAUAUAUGACCGGAAUGCAGGACCGUACAACAGAACUGGCAAGCAUCGACGGAGACAUACAGAUGGUGGAAAACUAUUAUCAUGCUUCGGGGAUAUGUAUGGAUUUGAGUGCUCCAUUUCUUGUGGCUUGAAACCCAAAGGUAAAGGUAAGGGUAAAAACGGUCGUAAUGAAAACUUCGAUGAUGAUGCAACUCAAGUAACUCAAUCGUAUAUACCCUGAAGACGGAGAUAGGGAAACCGAUAGGAAGAGCACAAGGUCGACGAUUCGGUGAAAUGCACAUGGGUUACAGCCCUGAAUCAUCAAUUUUGUUUGAAUAUUUUUUUCUGUCCAUGUUCUCUGGAGACCACAACAAGGUGAAGAACCACACAGGGCACUCAUCUUCGCCAUUACCCAGCUCUUUGUAUUUGUACAAUAUCUGUACUAUAUUUAUAGUGUGUCUCUAAUUCAUUUUUUUUGUUUUGUUUUUGUAACUUUGCCGCAUUCACAUUUUAGCUAUGGUAAUUAAAAUCCAGACUUGGGCUUA